AGGUCGGCCAUGUCACACAUCAACACCACAGAGCUGCAGUCGCUCCUGCUCUCAUUCCUGCAGCACUGCCUCAACAGCACAGGCAUGCUGUCUCCACAGCUGCCUCAGAACUACACUACCCAGCAGGCUGUGCACCAAGGGGCCGGAGCCAGGGCCAACUCACAGUCUCAGGGCAUGCUGUAUAUCCUGCUGGUAGUUGGCAUGUUCAGCUUCUUCACAUUCGGCAUCAUGCUAAGCUACAUUCGCUCCAAGAAGCUUGAGAGCUCUCAAGAUCCGUACCACCAGUACAUCGCCCACGACUGGACCAAGGUGGUGUCUCGGUCCAGGGCCGUCGCCCAGGCGCUGCACAGGGAAGCAGAAGGAAAUGGAGCCAGAGGCAAGGAACCCAUCGUCAUCUGCAACCCUGCAACACUGGAGCAGCUGCCAGACUAGAAUGAGACAUUUAGCUAUUUAAAC